UAAUCUACCCUUCUUUAAAGACUUGGAACAGAAGUUGACUCUGGAACCUUGCCUGCUGCUGUUGGGUUCGUGGCUUGUUAAUGGGGUUAGAUCAGAAGAAAAGUUUUGGGUGAUUACAUUACAUUACACCAAUGCUAUGCAAUUUUCAGCUACCUUGUGUAACACCCUUGUAUUCCUCUUCAAGAAACACCACACUGUGGACCAAUGCAAGCAAAUUCAAUCCAUCAUCGUCACCUGCGGUCUCUAUUCAAUACAAGACACCCCUUUCCUCACCAAACUACUCCAAUGCGUCCCUUUCUCUCAAAACCCAAAAACUUCUCUUUGCCUUCUCUUCAACACCAUCCACACGCCCAACACUCGCCUCUUCAAUAAAAUGAUCGCAACUUUCUCUACCACUUCCCACCCCCAAACUUCUCUUCUAUGCUACGCAACAAUGCGACAAAAGGGCGUGCAACCAGACAAACAUACAUUUCCUUCGCUUCUCAAGAUGUUUUCAAACUCAAACUCUGUUGGUCAAGACCCUUUUAUGCUUUAUGCUCAAAUUUUUAAACUUGGGUUUGAUCUUGAUCGUUUUGUUAGCAAUACCUUGAUUCCAGCUUUUGCGAAUUCUGGGUUUAGGGAAAGUGCGUACCAAGUGUUUGAUGAAAGUCCCUUCAAGGACACUGUUGCUUGGACUGCAUUAAUUAAUGGGCAUGUUAAAAAUGAUUGUCCAGGUGAGGCACUCAAGUGUUUUGUGAAGAUGAGAUCGACGGGCAUGAAGGUUGAUGAGGUUACUGUUGUUAGCAUUCUACGUGCUGCUGCAUUGGUGGGUGAUGCUUAUUUCGGAAAGUGGGUUCAUGGGUUUUACGUGGAAGCAGGGAGAGUGCGGUUGGAUGCUUAUGUUUAUAGUGCUCUUGUGGAUAUGUACUUCAAGUGCGAUCAUUGUGAUGAUGCCUACAAGGUUUUCAAUGAAAUGCCGUAUAGAGAUGUAGUUAGUUGGACUGCGCUUGUUGCUGGUUAUGUGCAAUGUAGCAAGUUUCAAGAUGCACUCCGUGUUUUCUGGGGCAUGCUGUUGGACAAUGUUCUACCCAAUGAAUAUACGCUCACAAGUGUUCUUUGUGCAUGUGCUCACAUUGGGGCUUUGGAUCAAGGAAGGUUGGUCCAUCAAUACAUAGAGUGUAAUAAGAUAAAUCUGAAUGCAAUGGUAGGGACUGCUUUGGUGGAUAUGUAUUCAAAAUGUGGAUGUAUUGAUGAAGCUUUAAGGGUAUUUGGAAACUUGCCAGUCAAGAAUGUUUGCACCUGGACUGCGAUAAUUAAUGGGUUGGCUGUGCAUGGGAAUGCAAUGGGAGCAUUGAGUCUCCUCUCUUGCAUGCUAAAAAGUGGUAUUCAACCUAAUGAGAUUACCUUCAUUGGUGUUCUUGCUGCAUGUUCUCAUGGAGGUUUGGUAGACGAAGGGAAACGGUUAUUUGAAUUGAUGAGUCGUGCUUAUCAUUUGAAGCCAAAUAUGGACCAUUAUGGUUGCAUGGUUGAUCUGCUUGGUCGAGCCGGGUAUUUGGAAGAUGCCAAACAAAUUAUCGAUAAUAUGCCAAUGAAGCCUAGCCCUGGUGUAUUGGGAGCUUUAUCUGGUGCCUGCAUGGUCCACAAAGCAUUAGUAAUGGGUGAACAUAUAGGGAAUUUAUUGGUAAAUCAGCAGCCAAAUCAUAGUGGAGGUUAUGCACUUUUGGCAAACUUGUACUCAACGUGUCAAAACUGGGAAGCAGCUGCUCAGGUCAGGAAGCUCAUGAAAGGAUCAAAGGUGGAAAAGACUCCAGGAUAUAGUUGGAUAGCAGUGGAUGGUUUUAAUUCAUGAGAUUAACGGUGUGUUUGGAUGGGGGAUUAUGGAGGGAAAGGGAAGGUAUCUAGACAUGUUUUCCCAUUUUUGGGAAAUCUCUCUCUCUCUCUCUCUCAUGAAAGGCUAAUGAAUUUACAAAAAUCUAUCAUCACCAAAGAUAUGUCAAGAUUUUGCAAAGAUCCUUUUUAUAGAGAAAGAGAUGGAGGGUGAGACGAGACAAAGAAGCAAGAACGGAGUUUGCGAAGUCUUGAAGCUGAUUCACAGGAAGGUGGGAAAAUCCAAUGUGAUUCUUGUUUCUUUUCAUUUGGCUGGAAUUUAUCAGUUGUUUUGAAUUUCCUCUUAAUUCUGUUCCUAAUUUCUUAACUUUUUCCUAACCUCUUGGUAGAAAACAUCUUGCUGAAUGAUGUUUUGCUUAAAAGGUUUUUCUUCCUCUAAGAUUAAUGUCCUGGUAAUUCUUGCAUUCAUGCUCUCAAAUUAAUAUUUUGCUUUCCUAGAUUGAUUAUAAGAAUGCUGAGUACCAGAUGUUUGUUUUAAUUUGUGAGUCAAAAUUAUGCAAACUAAGUUGGUGAAACUUCCUGGUGCUGAGAUAUAGAAACAUGGUUUUGCGUAUGUAGAACGAAGGAGCCUUUUUUGGUUUUUAUUUUGUUCAAAAGUUAUACUAGUGGAUAUUCCUAGAAUCCAUGAAGUUUAUGGCUCAAAAAUGUAUUUUAUUAUUUUGGUACUGUUUGGGCUGCUCCUAGAAGGAUUACAUUGCUCAUUGCCAUAAUUAGAAAUGCUUGAUAUCAUGACACCUGUUGACAAACUUUCUGAUAAUAUUGAUUAUUUCCCAGUGGAGAAAAUUGUGUCUAUUUUUGUUCUAAUUUAAGAAUCUGACUUGUGGUAUCAAUUUGGUAGGAAACUACGGGGUCUGCAUAAAAUUGUGCAGAGUAUGUUUUGUAGAAUUGAAUAUUGGAGAAAUUUUGAGGGGAGAGGGGCCAGAAGAUUCAUUUUGGAAUGGCACCUAUGAGAGUUUACUUGGGACCAACAAGACCUUUUUCCCCAGUCCAUUCCUCUUGGAGCAAGUUCUUGUAUUCUAACAUGAAUCUUUAUCUGUUGAGAGACUCUUGUAUAACGGAGAAAGUAGAGGCAUGAGUUUUGAGUUUGAUCGUUUCUUAUCCAGAUAUGUGACCAUUUUAUGCAAAGCCAUUUUGGUUGUUCAUCCUAGAAAAUUAUGAUUGUUGACUUUUGCAAGCUUGGGGUUGUUCACAGUACUUCAACUAGUUUGAUCCUUGAGCUUCACCUUGAUGUGGUCGUUGGGAUGGGAAGGACCUAUAGAUAUCGUGGUUUUAUUUAACUUUCUAUUGGUCAAAGUGUUUUAGUUACUCAUGGAUGUCUAUUGAACUGGCCAUAGCUUUGGUAGGUAAUACUGUAUUGGGCAGAUCGCUAUUGUGCUCAGUUGUUUAUACAAAUAAUCAUCAAUCGAUAUAUUGAUACUGUCUUGUUUCUUGU